AUAAUUGUCAUAUCUUGUCCGCCAGAGUGGUUAAUAGCAUGACUAUAAUGACCAUUAUUGAUGCAUCGACAGACACGGUUGGGUGAAAGAAAGAAUUACUAAUAGUGUAUUAAAAUUAAAGCUUUGUAAUGAAAAUUCAAAAUUUUGAACUGACCUAACAAAAAAGAAAUAUCGAGUGGGAAGAAGGGGGAAGAGUAAGAGUGAAGUGGAGGAAGUUGCAGAAAACCUAGAGAGAGUGAAUGAUGUCUGGGAGCACAAGAAGGGUGGAGUUGGUGCUGAAGAACAGGUUCCUGAGUUACUUGAUCUGGCAAUCCAUACAUUCCUCUCUCAUUUUCAUCUCUCUUCUCUCUUUUUCCUCACCUCACUACCCCUUUCUCUCCUUUCUCCUCUUCCUCCCUUCCCAUCUUCUCUUCUCCACCACCCUCUCCUUCAUCGCCUCCCCCCACCCCCGCCCUCGCUUCACCCUCUCCCUCCUCUUCGCCUUCUCCGCCGCCUUCUCCGCCUCCCUCUCCCUCUCCUCCGUCGCCCCCGCCGCCCACGGUCUCCCCGGCGUCUCCCGAUUAGGGUUUAGGGGUUUCCUCGUCGGUUCCCUCUUCGGUUCGCAUUACGUCUUCAAGCGCCGAUGGGUUCUUCACUUCCCCAUCAUUCAGCGUCCUCCAUUUUUCAGCUUCAAGAUGGGAGUUCCUUCUUCUGCUAGGCGAGCCUUGAAGCUUUCCAUUGUUGCUUCCGUUUUCUCUGGUAUUUUGUUGGAGCUUCUGCCGCAUCCGUUCAAGUACAGCGUCGCCACCGGAAGAUUCUUCACCGAGCAGAUUACCUCUUUAGCUGCCACUUUUGCUAUCUUUUUUUCUUGGGAAUUGACUCAUCAUUUGCAUUGGGUUUUGCAUACUAAGAGGUCCAUAUUUGCACCUCCAAAAGGAUCGGCAGCGGCAGAAACAAAUCCAAGUGAGCAUCUACUUUCAGCUUUGGAGGAGAGUAGUCCUACUUCUCUUCUUCGGUAUCUUGCAUAUCUUGAUCUCUGUAUGGUUUGCGAGAACAAUGUUGACACUUGGAGGCGUGCGGGAUUUUUUGAAGAAACCGGUGAGACUUACAAAAGAGUAAUUGCUGUGUGCUUGAAGCCGUUGGAGCAUCUUGCAACAAAAUUAGGUGAAGGCUUAGGAAAUCCUGUUGACAAAGCCACUCAACUAUCAAAUCAGCUGUUGUCCCCAACUGAUGCACGGCCAGAUUUGAAGCACAUAGAAGAACUGCACAACUUUCAGCUAUAUGCAUGGUGUUCAAGGACUGCUGUCUCACUGACUGCCUGCUCACGUAAAGACGACAAGUUUGGGGUUGCUCAGCUUUCUGGGAGUAAUGCUGCAGUGGUUUCAACACUUCUAUCCUGUCUUCUUGCUGUUGAGAGUUUCAUGGGAAAGAAAACAAACCUGCAAUCCCCAAAUCAGUUAUUGGGACCUGCUGGUAUCAAAUGGGCGACUGUGAAUAGUGGAAGAGUAGAUGUUGCUGCUGGUAAAAGAAGAAGUGGGCCAGUAAAUUCAAAAGCUUAUGCCAUUGCUGACGUUCUCAAGACUUCAAUCUACCAAAUAGUCUCUGCAUUCCAUGAUGAGAUGUUGGCUGGUGCUAAAGCAAGUCUUCUAGAGAAGGACUGGGUCACAAAUGGGAAGCCACUUUUUGGUACUCGUGAGAUGCUUAUACAAAAAUUACGUCUUUUCCUUGAUUUUCGAGCUACCUAAGUGCUGCAUUGUACUGUGGUUUGAAUGCUACUUUCCUGAAAUUAAACAUUCUUGUAAGACAUUAUACACACAUGAUGUUUUCAAGUGAGGAUAUAGAUGCAAUGGAAGAAAAAGGUUCAGUUUUGCUGUUAGAAAUUUGAGAUGAAGGAUAUUAAUUUGUCGAGAUUUUGUUGAAGAUGCCUGCAUUGGAUGGUAAGUGAUCAUUUGGUUAUUUUUUUGUUGACAA